UUGCCUGUGCUACCAACUACAUACAGUAUCAACCUGUGCUGCGCCCAAGAUGGACGACAUGCAUGGCAGGGAGGAUACUGGGCCCACAGAGACCGCUCAGCUGGAGCCCCUCCUCGAAGAGGCCGGCAUCCCGACUGACAGGGCAGAAACCUGUCGGGCAGGAAGUGGGAGCUGGUCCCGGCGCAUAUCUGCAAUGGAACUUCCUGUGCUCACUCAGCCCGGCCUGGGGGUCACCACGACGACAGUGACCACGAUCACGCAGACCGGUGGAGACUGGACCACAGGCCUCUUCAAUGUGUGUGGAGACGUGACCACAUGUGCCAUUGGGGCUGUGGUCCCUUGCUGCCUGGACCUGAGUCUGGCUCAUCAGUACGGCGAGUGCCUGUGUCUGCCGCUGCUCCCCGGGUCCACGUUCGCCAUGCGCGUGGGGAUCAGGGAGAGAUUCAAAAUUCGGGGCUCCGUCUGUGAAGACUGGCUCACCGUCUACUGCUGCUACCCCUUAGCAGUCUGCCAGAUGAUCCGCGAGAUGAAGAGGAGGCUGAAGAGCCAGACCUACCAGGUGUCCACGGCGCUGGAGAGCUCGUGAGAGCCCUUCGCAACGCGAGUCAAGAGGAUGCUGUUGGAGAUUCACAAAGAUUGCUAGAGAGGAUUCCUCUCAGUUUACACUGUUCUAUUUCUAGGUUUUUUUUUCUUUUUUUGGGAAAUGAUUGGUAUUGUGCCAAUUACUGAGAAAGAGCUCCACUUGGGACAUGCGAGCAGAUGUUUGGCCCGCCUCCGUUUGGGACGUGAAUCUAUUUAUAUUCCAAAUCAGAGCGUUUAUGAUCGCUGCAUUUAGGCCAACAUUGUCAAGU